AUGGAUUGCACGUCGGAUCAAGGGGCGGCCCUUGCUAAUCCACCUCCUUCAAUUACUAUGAUGAGUGAAGAAAUUAGUGGAAAAGCACCGUCAAAUCGGAAUGGCGGCUCGCGGCUUGCCACGGGUUGCUCCGCCCGUGGAGGGCUGCCCGGCGUAGGUCCGGAAUCAGGCCAGGAGCCGACGGGGGAGUUGCCGACGGGCCCUCCAGUCGAUAAGUAUGCCUCCGUCGAUGAAUCAAAUGCGAAAGGGAAAGUAGAGGCGAAGGAGAAAGUAGAGAAGUGUACGCGGCCGGUGGUGGUUGCGCUGGAAAGGAUAGACGCUCAAAAGAUCAAAGUGGCAGAGAAAAGGAGAGCCAACAGCAGCGCCGAGAUAGUGGAUUUGAGCACGGGAAGCGAGGGGGAAGCGAAGCUUCCGGGGCUUCCGGAAAUAUCGCUGAGAAGAGAGAGAGGCAGGCCGCGUGGCCCUAACUACAAGGGCCCAACCAAGCCACUGAAAACGCGUAAAAAGGAUGCGCAGACGUCGGCCUCGGCCUCAGAAGGGACAAACCAUUCUAGCGAGGACGCGUGGAGUAAGGAAGUAGAGAGAGCGAAGAACGCUACUCCUCAGAGGAAACCCGGAGACAAGAGGACGCUAGAGGACAGAGAGAGAAAGGAUACGAACCUCACCGCGCGGCAGAAAGAUGCAGUGGAAGAGGUUGUACAGAAGUUCGAGGGAAUGUCGAGGAGAGAAAUAGCAGUCACAAUGCUAAAGGUACUCGCGGAAGCCGAAGAUGCGCGGAGAAGGUCCUCCAAUAUAAAAGGGGACUUGAACAAAAAGAUAUUAGUCGGACUACACUCGGCGAGAUUCGCGGUACACAGGAUGGCCACGGGAGCGUCAGAGUCUACUGUAGAGGAAAGGGAGAGUGUGGUAGGCGACCUUAGGGAGAGGUGCGACCGGCUGGAGAAGGAGGUCCGGAGCCUCAGGAAGGAACUCGAGGAGGCCAGGAGACUGGGGAGAGAGAGGGCGAGAAAGGAGGCACUCACGACGCCAAAUGCACAGGAGGGGACCGGUGCGGCGGUAGAAGAAGAAGUCUUCCUCUCGGUGGAAGAGAGGACACUGUGGGGAAAAACGAAGACCCAUCCUCGUCGAGUGGAGGGCGAAGAAAAGGAGGGUCCGUCAACCGCGCCCUCGGCGGAAAAGUCGGGGUGGAGUGCGGUGAGGAGCAGGAAAACGAUAGGGAAAGGAGAGAGGAAGAAGAGCCGAGGAAUCGAGGAAGGAAGUACAAGGUCGAAGGGCCCAUUAGUGGAAGCAAGGAGUGGAGUUCCUGGGCGAGUAGUGGACCCGGAGCUGGCGAAACUUAGAAAAAGGGUCCCAAGAUCUGCGGCGGUGAUGAUUACGUGUGAUGGGAGGGGUCCGUCAUACGCGGAGGUCCUCGGGAGGGCUAGCGAGGCGGUGUCGUUGGAAACGCUGGGCAUCGUGGAAACGAGGGUAAGGAGAGGGUUGACCGGGGGACUGAUCGUCGAGAUCCCUGGAAAGGAUAUGGGCGAGAAGGCAGACAAACUGGCGCAAAAGUUGAGGGAGGUGCUGGAGGAAGAGGGCGUGAGGGUGGCAAGGCCAACUAGGAGGGCUGAACUGCGCCUCUCGAACCUCGAUGACUUGGGCACCAUUGCUGAGAUCGAGCGGGUCAUCUCUCAGGUGGGCGGCGCAAAGCUGGAGGAAGUGAGAGUGGGCAACAAGAGGGUCCAAAGAAAUGGACUCUGGUCGGUGAUCGUGCAGUGCCCACUUGAAUGCGCGGUGAAAAUUAUAAAGGCUCCCAGGGUCAGAAUCGGAUGGACGGUGGCCAGAGUGGAGCUGCUAAAGAAGAGGCCCUUGCAGUGCUUCCACUGCCUAGCAGUGGGGCACGUGAGGGACAGGUGUCCUUCGGCGGCAGACAGGAGUGGACUCUGCUGCAACUGCGGAGAGGAAGGACACAAAGCAAGGGACUGCAGAAGCCGGCCACAAUGCCCAGUGUGCGCGGACAGGGGCCUGGGCACGAGCCACAGGGCGGGUAGCGAGGCUUGCCCGCCGGUCCCUCCCGGCGGACUGAGGAACGGACAUGAGUCAGCGGUACGGAGGGCCGCCCAACCGGAGAUGGAAGAUAUCCAGAAGAAUCUGGAGGAGGCGCACGCAAGCCUCGCCGUGAUUUCGGAGCCGUAUAGGGUACCGGUAGACGACAGGUGGUUGGGCUCAGUGGAGGAGCCGCCCACCGUGGCGAUCUCGUGGCAGGGGGCGCACGGUGGGAUGGCAAGGAUACCCCUUAGCCGGGGACCGGGGUAUGUGGUGGUCCGUUGGGGGGAGGUGGUGGUGGUGGGGGUUUACUACUCCCCAAGGCAUGGGAUAGGGGAUUUUGUGAGAUAUCUGGAGGAGCUGGGAGAGGUCCUCACAAGAUAUAGUCAGGAACCAGUUUUGCUGCUGGGAGAUCUGAAUGCCCACUCCCCCAGGUGGGAUGACAGACACUCAGACGCGAGGGAAGAGGCGCUUGUGGAAUGGGCGGAUAGUGGGGGCCUUGUGCUUCUAAACGAGGGAACGAUUCCAACAUGUGUACACCCAAGGGGGACAUCGGUGAUGGACGUCUCCUGGGCAAAUCCCGCGGCGGCGAGAUUGGUGAGAAGUUGGCGGGUGGAUGCGGAGGCGGUGAACCUCUCGGAUCACCGGAACAUCCUGAUUGAGUUAAAGACGAGGAUGGGCCGACAAAACCCUGGUGGGAAUAAAGCCUUCCCGAAGUGGAAUGCGAUGCGCCUGGAUGAGGAUAGGCUGCAGGCGGCAGCGAUGGCUAGAGCAUGGAGCGCUUCCGGAGGAUUGGAGAGGUCGGCGCGGGAGGCUGCGGAGUGGGUGGACAUAACCCUUCGCGAGGCCUCGGACGCCGCUAUGCCCAGAGCCAGAAGAACCGGCGGUCUCCCCUCGGUCUACUGGUGGAACGAGGAGAUCGAGGGGCUGAGGACGCACUGUAUUAGAUGCAGGAGGCGAGCGACGAGAAGAAGAGCCAGGGCCGACCGGGAGGCGGCCGCGGAAGCUGCCAAAAGCCUGAGAGAAGUGAGGAAGGAGCUGCGUAGAGCCAUCAUGCGCUCCAAGACGGCGGCGUGGGAGGAACUAUUGGGGACCCUCGACUCGGAUCCCUGGGGGCGCCUGUACCGAAUCGUGAUGCGGCGGCUCCGGCCGGCCGGGCCCCCCGUGUGCGAGACAAUGUCGGAGGAAGAGAUAGGCAGAGUGGUGCACGCGCUGUUCCCGGCGCAUCCUGUGGAGUUGCGGGGGAUGCGGGAGGAGCCGCGGGAACCUCGAUGGGACAAAGAGUGGAGUGUCUCUGCAGCGGAGGUGCAGGAGGCCGUGGGGAGGAUCAGCCGGGCCAGGAAGGCCGCCGGGGCCGGAUGGCGUACUCAAUGCGGUCGUGAUCGGGACGGCGGGGUGCCUCCUCACUCAGUGGGCGGGGUGCUUCACGGCCUGCCUAAAGGAGGGAAUCUUCUUAAACAGUUAGAAGAAGGCGCGGCUGGUCCUUUUAAAAAAGAGACGAUACUUCCGCCGGGAUGCUCCGUGAUCUGUUAUGCGGACGAUACUGCUUUUGUGGUAACGGCGGACAGCGAGGGGGAGGUCCGCGUAAGAGCGGAGACGGCGGCAGCUCGCUUGGUGGGGACAUUUGAGCGUCUGGGGUGGAGCGCAUCCCUGCGAAAAACGCAGGCGAUGUCCUUUGCCGAUGUGUGGCAUAAUCCGCUGCGGGGGGACAUAAACGUUGCGGGGGUCGGGAUUCCCGUUAAGAACAGUAUCAAGUACCUGGGUCUUACCAUCGACCAGAAGUGGUCGUUCGUCGAUCACUUCGCGGAAAUCCUGCCAAAGGCGGAGCGGGCGGCAAUGGCGGUGGUGCGCUUGAUGCCCAACAUGCGGGGACCGGGCGAGCGCCGCAGGCGAUUGUACGCCGGGGUGGUACACUCGAUGAUUUUAUAUGGGGCCCCGGUGUGGGCACCGGCGAUAGCGGCGAAUAGGAGUCUCUGUCGGGACAUCGGGCGCCUCCAGAGGAGGAUCGCGUUACGAGUGGUGGCGGCUUAUAGGACGGUGUCGCUCGAGGCCGCCUGUCUCCUCGCCAGGAUUGUCUUGUUCGACAUCCUGGCGAGGGGAUAUUGGCGGCUGUACCGUCAAACGCGGGAACUGAGGGAAGCAGGGAUAGGAUGGGCUCCAGGAGCAGAGAGAACCAGGCUGGCCCAACGCAAAAGGGUGCACGAGGAGGUAAUCGCGGAAUGA